GAGGCUUUGAACGUCACCACAUACGUCAUCAACACAAGCCUCGAUACGCGCUCCACAAAAAUCUUCCUGAAUUACCCGACACACGCUUCGAAGCCUCGACACGGAAGGACACAUCACUAGUGCUUCCUAUGUGAAUCUCUCUCCUCUGAACCCGGCUACAGAUUCAUCCUGCUCCGUCACAUCAGGUGCAAAGCCAUACAAUCCAAUAACCAUGGGGGCUUAUCUGUCGCAGCCUAACACGACCAAGACCUCUUCCGAUGGCGGCAACAGCCACAUGAGCUACGGCUACUCUGCUAUGCAGGGCUGGCGUGUCUCCAUGGAGGAUGCUCACAACUGUAUUACAGAGUUUGACAAGGAUACCGCCAUGUUCGCGGUAUAUGAUGGACACGGAGGUGAAGAGGUGGCUCUUUACUGUUCAAAGUACCUUCCUGACAUCAUCAAGGAGCAGAAGACCUACAAAGAUGGCAAACUGCAAAAGGCACUGGAAGACGCCUUCCUGGCCAUCGACGGCAAAAUAACUACAGAGGAAGUCGUCAAGGAGCUGGUCCAGAUCGCUGGACGACCCACAGAGGAGCCGCCUGUUGAAAAGGUGUCAGAGGAGGAUGAUUUGGAAACAGAGGAGGCCGCUUUGCUCCACGAGGAGGCUACACUGACCAUAGAGGAGCUGCUGGUUCGCUACGGCCAGAACCGCAAUGCUGUCAAACACGCUGCUGCCCUCAGUGCGGCUGCUAAAAAGGCAUCCUGCCCACAACCUGAGGCCUCGGGAGAAGGGGAAGGACAGAAGAAAGAGGGGCUGAACGGACAAUUGGAGGAGGAGAGCAACGGGAAGGUGAAGCAAGGCGAAGGAGCGGCAUGUGCAUCCAAGCUGCGGGCCUGUCGGAGAACAGCAGCGGGUGAAGGCAGUGGUGCAGCAGCUGACGGUGGAGAGUCUGGGAGCUCCAAUGGAGAAGAAAAGGCCGGUAAGGCUGGUAAGGCCGAAGGAGAUGCAGGUCCUUCCUGCUCCUCUCUGCCCUCCAAGGCUGGAGGAGACUCAAAGUCGAGGUUCUUUGAUGACAGUGAGGAGUCUGAGGAGGGAGAGGAAGAGGAGGGCAGUGAUGACGAGGAUGGUAGUGAGGAGGAAGAAGGUGACAGCAGCGAGAUGGAAGAAGAGGAAGAUACAGAUGAGGGCGAAGAAGACUCUGAGGAGGAAGAUGAGGAGGAAAUGUGUCUACCUGGAAUGGAUGGCAAGGAGGAGCCUGGAUCAGACAGCGGCACCACAGCUGUCGUGGCUCUGAUCCGAGGGAAGCAGCUGAUCGUGGCCAACGCUGGAGACUCGCGCUGUGUGGUUUCUGAACGGGGCAAAGCUGUCGACAUGUCUUACGACCACAAACCAGAGGACGAGUUGGAACUGGCUCGCAUCAAAAACGCUGGAGGGAAAGUGACCAUGGAUGGGCGCGUCAACGGUGGAUUGAACUUGUCCAGAGCUAUUGGUGACCACUUCUACAAGAGGAACAAGACUCUGCCUCCAGAGGAGCAGAUGAUUUCUUCGAUGCCGGACGUCAAAGUUUUGACCCUUAAUGAGGAGAAUGACUUCAUGGUCAUCGCCUGCGACGGCAUCUGGAAUGUGUUGAGCAGUCAGGAGGUGGUGGACUUCAUCAGUAAGAGGAUCAAACCAGACCAGAGUGGCAAAGCCAGACCCCUCUCAUCUAUUGUGGAAGAGCUGGUGGACCACUGUUUGGCCCCUGACACAUCUGGAGACGGGACAGGAUGUGACAACAUGACUUGCAUCCUCAUCACCUUCCUGCCACACCCGUCAGAUGACACAAAGAAGAGGAAGCACCAGGAGGAGGCCGAAGGGACCGAGCCGGAGAAGAACGGAAACGACAGCAAAAAGGCUAAAAGUGACUAGAGGAAAAGAGAAACUGUCCCAAGGAGAGCAGCUGGUCCCAGACUACCCCAGAUACACCAGAGACACAUUCUGUUCAAAAUGUAAUCCUUACCUCACAAAGUAUUCACCCUAAGACAGAAAUCACAAAUUCUAUAUGUUUGCUCAAAGAUCCGCUGAACUUCGAUCAUCAGUAUAGUUCUUGUCGUCUGUUUUAGGUGGAUUCACACUUUCACACCCCUCCAGUCGUUUCUUUUGUUUGGUUUUGUUGGAAAGAAGCUGGACACACUUUAACUCCUCAAAUCCGGAACAGUCGGACUGAAUACUGCAUCGCAUACCAUGAAUUUAUUACUGUCUAACUUGGCAUCUUGUAAAGGAAACAUUAGAAAAAAUUAUCAAUUCAGAGGAUCUUACUGUCCUUUGUCGCCCAAAUUAAGGUUUCAUCAUGCCAUGGGACAGCGAAUGCGAGUUUAGUGUUGCACUGAAUGUGUUGACGUCCUCUGUGUCAUGCUACAUCCAAACUGAUAUGUUUUUUCCUUUUUUUGAAAUUUCAAGCCCCUAAAUAGAAACCUUUUGUAAAUGUAGUUUGCCCAAAAUAUGUUAGGAAACUCCAGGGUUGCAUUUAGAAACUUGGAGUUAAAUAAAUGAUGGCGCAGAUGUUAG